GAGUCGGAGCGACUGCUGUUGCGCCGGCUGGUCUCCAACGCCUUUCGGAUUGAGCUUCUCCCCCAAAUAUGGACCCUUGAGCUCCCAGAGUGGCCUCCAGGAAGCUGUCACAGUUCCCCACGGCCGCAGUCCCCGUCCUUGUCCGCUCCAGAUCUGGCAGGUGGCGCGGCCCGGGGCGGGGCCUGCGGGGCGGGGGCGGAGCCUUGGCGGCGGAGAACCCGGGGCUGGUGAGGAACCCCGGCUUCGCGAUGGACCCCGAGUGCUCCCAGCUCCUCCCCGCCCUCUGUGCUGCCCUGGCAGACCCCAGGCAGCCAGUGGCAGAUGAUACCUGUUUGGAGAAGCUGCUGGACUGGUUUAAAACUGUAACUGAAGCAGGGUCCAGCCUGCUGCUGUUGGAGGACAGCCCCUGCCUGGUGGAGCUGCUGUUCCAGGUGCCGAAAGCCCAGGGCCUGAGUGCCGGCAUCCUCUCCUUCUCCCUCCACCUGGCGGGUGUGCUGGCCGCCCAGGAAGACUGUUUCCAGUACCUUCAGCAGGGGCAGGUGCUGCCCGGGCUCUUCGGGGAGGCGGGCCCCCGGGGCGGAGCGGCCUGGACGGCGCCCACAGUGCGCAGUGGCUGGAUCCAGGGCCUGCGCGCCCUGACACAGCACCCCAGCGCCCUGCGCUUCCUGGAUGACUUCGGCGCCUUGGACACCAUCUUCUCCCUGCAGGGAGACUCCAGCCUGUUUGUGGCCUCAGCGGCUGGGCAGCUCCUGGUCCACAUACUGGACCUGUGUAUGCGAGGCCCAGCCGGGGCCCAGCCUGGCCUGCAGGCUCGGGACUGGCCUGCAUGCGCCCAAAGGAUCCUGGGCCACAUCGAAGAGUCCCUGUGCUCCACAGCCGCCCCCCGGGUCACGCAGGCCCUGAACGUCCUGAGCACCACCUUCGGGCACUGCCACAGCCCUUGGGUGCAAGUCCUCUGGGUGCGGCUGAGUCCCCUGGUGGCCUGUCUGCUCGAGAAAGACCCCGUCCCAGCUGCACACUCGCUGGUGGAUCUCCUCCUCAGUGUGGCACGGUCCCCUGCACUGAGUGCUGAAGGUGGCCUGUGGGAGACCCUGGCGCAGACUCUGGGCCACCUGAGCCCCACACAGGCAGGGCCUCUGGCUCUGGGAGUCCUGAAACUGCAGGACUGUCCCCAGGCACUGAGGACCCAGGCCUUCGACAUCCUCCUCCAGCCCCUGGCCUGCAUCCUGAAAGCCACUGCCGAGGCCCCCGGACCCCCAGGCCUGCCGGCUGAGCCCGCAUGCGACUCGGCCGUGGUGGACGCCCUCCUGUCCUCCAGGUCAGCCUGCGUGGGCCUUCUGUGCCAGACCCUGGCCCACCUGGAGCUGCUGCUGCCCACGCCCCAGCGCCCCUCUCCCUGGCCCCAGGCCGCCCUGCUUGGCGCCACAGUGACGGUCCUGCAGUUCUGCUGUGGCUCGGCGGUGCCCGCCUCCGACGUGGGGAGCCGCCUCUGCGCGAUCCUGGCCGGCUGUGUCCGGGCCCAGCGAGCGGCCCUGGACUUCCUGGGGGCGCUGUCUCAGGGCGCAGGCCCCCAAGAGUUGGUGACGCAGGUGUUCGCUGUCCUCCUGGAUUACCUCACGAGCCCCGACUCUAGCCCUACGGUUCUGAGGAAGGCCUUCCAGGCCACGCUCAGGUGGCUGCUGAGCUCACCCCAGCCUUCCAGCUGCUGCGACCUGGACCCCCACACCCAGCGCUUCCUUGGAGAGCUUCUCCCUGUGCUGCAGAAGCGCCUGUGCAGCCCCUGCUGGGAGGUGAGGGACUCGGGCCUCGAGUUCCUGGCCCAGGUGACCCGGUCCUGGGCAGGACAGGCUGGCUUCAGACACGCGCUCCUGGCCUCAGAGGUGCCUGAGCUUGCCGAGCAGCUCCUGCAGGACCCCGAGAGCUACGUCCGCGCAAGCGCGGUGACCGCCGUGGGACUGCUCUCUGGCCGGGGGCUGCAUGCUGCCCGCGGCAGCCCUGAGCACCCGGGAGGCCCGCAGAAGAGCCUGCUGCUGGACCUUCUGCACGUGCUCUCCGCAGACUCGGAGGGGUUCCCCCGGAGGGCCGUCAUGCAGGUCUUCACGGAGUGGCUGAGGGACGGCCACUCUGAGGUGGCCGAGGACACGGAGCGCUUCGUGGCCAGGGUGCUCCAGGCGGCAAGCCAGGACCUGGACUGGGAGGUGCGGGCCCAGGGCCUCGAGCUGGCGCGGGUGUUCCUGGCCCAGACGCUGGGCCCACGCGGCCCUGACUGUCCCUAUGCGGUGGCCCCGCCUGCGGCUGUGCCCCCCUGCCGGCUGGCCCAGGCCCUGCGGGUGCUCUGCCGAGUGCGGCUCUUCGAGUUUGCCUUCCGGGCCUUGUUUGACUGUGACCGAGCUGUGGCCCAGAAGUCCUGCGACCUCCUCCUCUUUCUGAGGGACAAGGCCGCCCCCUACAAUAGCCCACAGGGGGCAGGAAACGGCCCUGAUGUGGCCUCUGUGGAAGCCACGCUGCAGAGGUGGCAGGCAGGUGAGCAGGGCCAGCCGCUGGGGCCCCUGGAGCCUGAGGCCGCGGUGGCGGUGCUGAGGGCCAUGGACCUAGAGGGCCUGCAGGGGGCGCUGGCAGAGAGCAGUGACCACGUGGAGAGGAGCCCCCAGUCGCUGCUGCAGGACAUGCUGGCCACCGCGGGCAUCCUGGGGGACAACGAGGCUGACUGCUACUGAGGCUGCCCCAUGUGGUCUCCCUGUCCCCGCUGCUGGGCCUUGUCCUCAGCUCGGUCCGGCUGCACACGGGACCCUCAGGGAAGCCAGAGCCGGCGAGGCCGGUGUUGUGUGUUUUGCUGUCUUGUUAAAGUGGCACUUUUUCUACUGAAAAUAAAUGGCAUUUGACAGGG